AUGCGGGCGCUGUCCGUGGUGCUGCCCCUACGGCCGUGCGGGUCGGGCCUGGGUGGGUGUGGGGUAGGGAUGCCACCGUGGGUUGUGCAGGGCUUUGUGCAUGUGGACCCGAAUCUGCUCAAGAACAUGCAUGCUCACACAGAAAGGAUUUCAGAGAAACCAUCCAGCAAGGGGAACUUGGCAAAGGCAUUCAGCAAAAUCCAUCCCAUAACUGAUAAGGAAAAAGGCAUAAAUCUGACUCACAUUGAAUCUCGACCUUCUCGUCUCAAUAAAGAUGAGUAUGAAUUCUUCAUUAACUUGGAAGGCAAUAAUGUCCCAGCGUUGGAUAAGAUCAUCAGGUCCUUAAGAAAUGAUAUUGGAGUAACAGUGCAUGAGCUUUCACGGACAAAAAAGAAGGACACUGUGCCAUGGUUCCCAAGAAGUAUUCAGGAGCUGGACAGAUUUGCCAAUCAGAUCCUAAGUUAUGGAGCGGAGCUGGAUGCUGACCAUCCUGGAUUCAAAGAUCCUGUGUACCGGGCCCGGAGGAAGGAGUUUGCAGACAUUGCUUACAACUACAGACAUGGUCAACCUAUUCCUCGAGUUACCUACACAGAAGAAGAAAAGAAAACUUGGGGCACUGUCUUCAGAGAGCUGAAGAAUCUCUAUCCAACUCAUGCUUGUUAUGAACACAACCAUGUCUUCCCACUUCUGGAGAAGUACUGUGGCUACCGGGAGGAUAACAUUCCCCAGCUUGAAGAUGUUUCAAAGUUCUUGCAGACCUGCACUGGAUUUCGCCUGCGUCCUGUUGCGGGCUUGCUCUCCUCUCGGGAUUUCUUGGCUGGACUGGCAUUCCGAGUAUUUCACUCUACGCAAUAUAUUCGCCAUGCAUCCAAACCUAUGUACACACCAGAGCCUGAUAUUUGCCAUGAGCUACUAGGACAUGUGCCUCUUUUUGCUGAUCCCAGUUUUGCUCAGUUUUCCCAGGAAAUUGGCCUGGCAUCUCUGGGAGCUCCAGAUGAUUUCAUCGAGAAACUUGCUACGGUUUAUUGGUUUACUGUGGAGUUUGGACUAUGUAAGGAAGGUGAUUCACUAAAGGCAUACGGUGCUGGGCUGCUGUCUUCAUUUGGGGAGCUGCAGUACUGUUUAUCAAGUAAGCCUGAGAUUCGGCCUCUGGUUCUGGAGAACACUUCUGUGCAGAAUUACACUGUUACUGAGUUCCAGCCUGUCUACUUCGUUGCUGAAAGUUUUAAUGAUGCGAAGGAAAAGCUAAGGAAAUUUGCCCAAACAAUCCCUCGUCCUUUCUCUGUUCGGUACAAUCCCUACACCCAGAGGAUCGAAGUCUUGGACAAUGCAAAGCAGCUGAAGAACUUAGCUGACACUAUCAACAGUGAGAUGGGGAUCCUCUGCAAUGCCCUCCAGAAGAUCAAAUGAAGAUUUUCUGUAACUCUUGCAAAUCACUGGCUACAUAGAAGAAGUCAUGCAAAAAUGCCAGUCUUCACUUAGCUUCAGUUUAUUAUCUUACUGUGUACUGCAUGCCUAUAUCAUAUAUAUCAAUUAUCAUUAUUAUUAUUAUUAUUAUUUUGGCCUUCAGACACUAAUCCAUUUUUUUCUCAUUAAAGCCUAACAAUAAUCUUAGUACUGGGAAUCUAGGGAAACUCUCCACAUAUAUCGUAACAAAAUUAUCAGAAGGGGGAGAUCUCCACCAUGCAGUGCUACGGCCUGUUACAAACAUGGGGUUGUGUUACCACACUUGGCCCAGUGACAGAACAGUAAUGACCAACACAGAGUAAUCCAUCUUUUAUUCUUUUUUCCUCUCAGACAUUCUCCCCUCACUUCCUCACAUUUGUGCAAGUUUCCAUGAAAUGCUGAACUCUAUAUGCUUCAGAAGUCUGCAUACUGCCUGGCCCUGUAAACCAUGACUUCGCUUGGUGAAACUGUACCUCUUUUUUUACACAUGAACGCCUCUGUCCUGAAAUAAUACUUUUUUUUUUUUUCUUCAGAAUUUGAUGUUGCCAUUGACUAAAAGCACAGAUGCUAGUGGAAAAGACAGCAAGUAUGCUGCAGCUUCAAUAACAGAAAUUUAUCACAAAAAUAUGCAAAAUAUGCAAAAAUAUACUGUAUUUGCACAAGCACUAA